AUCCCAUUGGGAACUACGUCGUACUACAAUUUUAAUGAAAAAGUAAAUUUUUUAAUCUGAACAUAUUCUUGUUAUUGUUAACAGUGUUCAUACAUAUAAUAGUAUAAUUUGGUAAAGUUUCAAAUGAUUUAGACUUUCAUUUAUAUUACGUAUUCAAUUUUAAUGUAUUGGUUGUUCACGUCAUUAUAAGCGACGAAGUUAGUUUCAUUGUAUCUUCUUAACGAUAUAAUUCUACUAUUAUCACGACUGACUAACAUGAAUCCUAAUCAACAAAAUAAUGGCGGAACUGCACCAAAUGGUGGUGGAGGAAAGAAAAAACAAAAAAAAAAUCGCAAUAAUCCAAAUGAGCAACAAAAUCAAGGACAACAUACAAAACAACCUGGACAGUUAGCUGAACAACAACCGAUUCAAAAACAGAAUCAACCAAUGAAAAACAAACAACAGCCAAAACAAAAUCAACCUAAGGAACCUAAACAAAAGCCAAUACAGAAACAAAAUCAACCUAAAGAAAUAAAACCUGCUGGGGCUGCUAAGCAAGCUAAAGGAGAAAAUGCUCCAGCUGUAAAUCCAGCUGCAGCACCAGGAGUUCCAAAAUCAGAUUCUCCACAGUUGGAACAAAUUAUAGAAGUUUUUAUGAAACAAUUAAAAAUUCCAAAACGAAGAAAUCCUAGUGCUGGAGGUACCAAAGGGCGUAAAACUGAGAUCGAAGUAAAUCAUCUUCCACUUAAUCUUGACAAACUGUUUACAAAAACUGUUUAUCAUAUUGAUGUAACAUUUACUCCAGAACUACCAAGAAGACUUCUGAGACUGGCUUUAGAAGAAUUUACUAAAAAACAUUACAAAAAUGUUCAAUUUGCUUUUGAUGGCCGAAGAAACAUGUACUCAACAAAAGAAAUAAAAGGAGUUGCGGACACAAUAUCAAUUUUGAAUGAAGAAAAUAACAAAACAAUAGAUUUCAAUAUUGUCACCGGAGUUGUUAAUUCCAUUUCUAUGAAAAAAAUUGAGGAUUAUUUAAAAAGUGGAUCAUCUGACAACCCACCUGGUGAAGCAUUUCAAGCUUUAGACAUUAUAUUAAAAAAUCGACCUUUUGCAUUAAGGUUUACCAAUAUUGGAAGGUCUUUUUUCCCAGUGCCUCGUGGUAUUCCAGUUGAUUUAGGUGAAGGUAUGGAACUAUGGAAAGGAUUUUUUCAAAGUCCUGUAAUGGGUUGGAAACCUUUUUUGAAUAUAGAUGUGGCAAACAAAGGAUUUCCCAAGUAUCAACCACUGGUGGAAUACAUUAGAAAUGAUUUAAGAUAUAGUCUUGAUUCUGAAAUGGACCGUUAUGGUUUAAAUUCACUAGCAACUUAUGUCAAAGGAUUAAAAGUUGAUUUUAUGAUUCCAAAUCAACCUAAUACAAAACGAUCAUAUAGAGUAGUUGGUCUUUUUGAUUCUGCAGCUAAAUUUUUCUUUGACAUGGAUGACCCAGAAACCAAGAAAAUAAAACGUAUUAAUGUAGUUUCUUAUUUUAAAGUAACGCGUAAUUAUGUUAUCAAAUAUCCACAUUUACCUUGUUUGCAUGUUGGUAAUAUUGCUAAGAAAACUGCCAUUCCAAUCGAAUUAUGUGUUGUUCAAAAAGGACAGUUAAGGUUGAAAAAGUUAUCAGAAAAUCAAACUGCAGUUAUGGUGAAAAAUGCAGCUCGUCCACCAUCUGAACGACGACAAACUAUUGAACAGUGUAUUAAAGAUAUUAAAUACAAUGAAGAUCCAGUAUUAAAAGAUUUUGGUAUAAGUAUUACCGAAAGAUUUGCUUCUAUUCCUGCAAGAGUUUUGGAUCAACCUUCAUUAGCAUAUGCUUACAAUAAGGAAACUAAACCAAAAUUUGGUGUUUGGUAUGCAGACAAAUUUUCCAAAGCUAUAGUACUUGAGAAAUGGACCAUAUUGAAUUUAGAUGGUGCACGUACUAAAAUACCAUCUUUAAAAGAAUUUGAAACUCACCUGGUGAAUUGUGGCAUGUCUUUAAAUGUUAAGGUAAAGCCUAUGGUUCCAGGCAUUAACUUGACAUUUCAAAGAGGUGUACGUCUAGGUGAUGUGCAAAAAGAUGUUACUAAAACUUUAAACAAUCUAAAAGGAAAAGUAGAUUUAGUUGUGGUAGUUAUUCCUGACAAUCCUUCAGGAAUAUAUGCUGCUGUUAAACAAUCUUCAGAAUUAAUAGUUGGUGUUCUUACUCAGUGUAUUAAAUCUCGAACCAUGUUUAAGAUGAAUAAAUCAACAGCGAGUAAUAUUUUAUUGAAGAUUAAUUCAAAAUUGAAUGGUAUUAAUCAUACUUUGGCUACUAGUAUCAGUCCGCCUAGUAUGAAUGAGGCAAUUAUUUUUGGAGCUGAUGUGACUCAUCCAUCACCAGAUCAGACUAGUAUUCCAUCUGUUGCUGCUGUAGCAGCCAGUCAUGAUCUUUUAGGAACUCAAUAUAAUAUGGAAUGGCGUUUGCAGGACCCCAAAGUGGAGAUUAUUAAAGACCUUGAAGAUAUAGUUUUCUUACAACUAACUAAAUUUAGAGCAAAUACAAAAACUAUUCCAAAGAGAAUAUUUUAUUUUAGGGAUGGUGUCAGCGAAGGGCAAUUUAAGCAACUAUUGGAAAGUGAACUUGUUUCUAUACGUAGAGCAUGUUUACGGUUAAAUAUAAACUAUAAACCCGCUGUAACAAUUUUAGUUGUACAAAAACGACAUCAUACUAGAAUGUUCCCUAAGUUUAAUAUGGAUAUGGAUGGCAAGUUUGCUAAUGUUCCAUCUGGUACAAUUAUUGAUACACAAAUAACCCAUCCAACUGAACUUGAUUUUUACUUAUGCAGCCAUGCUAGCAUUCAAGGUACAUCUAGACCUACCAAGUACCAUCUUAUCUGGGAUGAUAACAAUUUCACUGAGGAUCAAUUGGAACAAUUAACAUUCUAUUUGUGUUUUAUGUUUGUUCGUUGUACUCGUUCUGUUUCAUAUCCAGCACCCACUUAUUAUGCCCACUUAGCUGCUUUUAGAGCACGAGCUUAUAUUGAAAAUAAAACUAUAAAUCUGAAUGACUUAGCGGCUGAACAAUCGAAAAAUUUAUUGAAUCCGUCAUUUGUUGAUAAUACUCCUAUGUUUUUUGUUUAAUUUGUAAAACUAAAUUA